CACGGUCACGUGUCUAGCUAGCCUCGCAGGGCUUUGACGUUCACCGUGUCGGAGCUGAACACUGGGCAGUGAAAGGUGCACUAUGGGCCGCCUAGACGGGAAAGUGAUUGUGUUAUCUGCCGCUGCACAGGGGAUUGGACGUGCCGCAGCAAUCGCAUUUGCCAAAGAGGGAGCUCGGGUCACAGCAACGGACAUAAAUGGAGAGAAGCUGAAGGAGCUGGACGGCAUUCAAGGGAUCAAGACCAAAGUGGUGGAUGUGACGAAGAGAGACCAAGUGGAAGCUCUGGCUAAAGAGCAUGACCAUGUAGACGUGCUCUUCAACGUAGCUGGGUUUGUGCACCACGGCUCCAUCUUGGACUGUGAAGAGGCUGACUGGGACUUCACAAUGGACGUGAACAUACGGAGCAUGUACCUCAUGUGCAAAGCUUUCCUGCCUAAGAUGCUGGCAAAGAAGUCAGGAAACAUUAUUAACAUGUCAUCUGUUGCGUCAAGCAUAAAAGGUGUUGUGAACCGGUGUGUCUACAGCACCUCCAAGGCUGCAGUGAUUGGACUCACCAAAUCUAUAGCGGCCGAUUUCAUUGAGCAAGGCAUUCGCUGUAACUGUGUUUGUCCUGGUACUGUUGAUACUCCAUCACUGAGGGGUCGGAUCCAGGCCCAACCUGACCCAGAACAGGCUUACAAGGAUUUUAUGGCGAGACAGAAAACUGGCAGAAUGUGCACAGCUGAGGAAGUAGCACACCUGUGUGUGUACCUGGCCUCAGACGAGUCAGCUUAUGUGACCGGGACGGAGCAGAUCAUUGAUGGAGGCUGGAGACUGUGAGAAACUGGUGACAGAUGCAUUAUGACAGUAGUGAAAGCAGUUUUUUCCCCCAAAUCAAAGUAAAGUUGGUGCAAUUUACUGAUUUUUGCCUUUUUGAUUUUUGUAAAGAAGUGUCCUUUUUUCCAACUUAGACUUAUGCUGCACAUGUAUAUUAAAAUACAAAUAGAGCCACAUUAUGACAACUGUUGACAUAUCUUGUAAUGAAUUGAUUUUACAGCAGCUACAGUAUGGUGAUGGAAUCAACCUUUGAAUAAACCUUUUGAAUCCUUUACAAAGCA